GAGGUGGCUGCUACAGAGGACAGUAAGGGUGAAGGGCAGGACAUCAGGGGUCAGGAAGGGCCACCCGCAGGGUGAGGCAGCCUGAGAAGAGUGUCCAAGGACAGCCGUGCAAAGGCCCUGGGGCAAAUCUUGGUGGUCCUUGGGGAGGAAGGGAAAGGCCAGUGUGGCUGCAGCACUGUGAGUGAGGGGCUGGACCCCAGCUCCUGUGUUCCCAGAGGAGCAGGGAGGAGCUGGGUGGAAACGCAGGGCGGCUGGGCUGAGCACCUCAGGCACGCCCCCCAGGAAGCGAGCUGGGGACUGGUUCUGGUGGCUCGGAAAAGUUCCAGGAGGCUCCUUAGUGGGAGGUGACCUGCAGGUGCUGGGGACUCAGGGCCAGGAGCAGGCUCAGUGGAGGGCGGGCACAAGCGCCAGCACCCAGUCUUGGGGUUGUCUGUGGUGGAUCCUCCUCCUCCCUGGCCUCAGGGGCGGAGCUGGGGUGGGGUCCCCAGGAGGGACUGUGAGGAGCAGAGCAAGGAGGCCUGGGCUGGAGUCUGGGGAGAGGAGGAGGGCGGAGGGCAUGGAGAGGGAAGACGGGUGCGUGUGCCCGGAAAGCUACCCAGGAGCGGCAGGGCAGAGGGGCCGCUCCUCAGGGCUUCCAUGCACAGAGACCACAGCGUGGGCCCUCACCGGGAGGAGGGCGCGGCCGUCCUCCUCCGUCAGCAGCACCUGGGGACCCGGCACCCAGCAGAAGCAUCGAGCGGUCAGUGUGACUUCACAGCAGCAGCGAGCGUGGCCCCCAGCGCUGGCUCUGGGCUUGGAGCCAGGACCCAGGCGCAGCCAAGAGCGAUGCUGGAUUGAAGCGGGGUCCCCGGCACAGACGCGCUAUUUCUCCUCCUCUUUCCUCUGGGGCCGCCAUUGUCCCCGGUCUUGUCUCAGCGGCCUCCCCUUGCGAGCCAGGCCCAGGAGACCCAAAGUGCCGCCAAGAUGGAGCACAGCGAUUCCUGCUGCAGAGAAUUUCAGGACCACAGGGUUUCACAAUGGCUGCUGUGGCUCCAGCCUCACCAGACUGUGUUUAAAAGAGAGGAAGUGGAGAGCUGGAGGUUGGUCUCACGUGUGUCUUGGAAAGUCUUUCCCAGAGGCCAGGGGCAGCUGUCCCUGGGUUUCCCCUGGUGGACUGGACGACCCGCCCAUUCUUGAACAGUCACAAGCCAAGGGACAGGAUGACUGCGGCUGGCCCUCGAGCCCCUGACCUGUCAUCUUUGUCCCCUGGGCCGGGGCAGGGUCACGUUUGCUCAGCCCCCGUUUUCUAUGAGAAAGAACAAAAGCAGGAUUAUGUUCCCAAGGAAGAAAGGAGAACAGCUGCUCCUGUGUCCCAUGGACCCGAAUGCGCUGUGUGCUCUCUCUCGCUGUCUCACUGCCAGGAGGGAGAAGCUCGCUGUGUCCCCAUGCGGCCGGCCAUCUGUCCUCGGGGGUGGGGGACCCACCAGCCUCCCCAGUGAGGCCCCAAGCACGGGCACCAUGGCGGAAGGGGAGGACCCAAGCCCUGGCCUGGUGCCCAGGGUAGAAGGCGUCAGCUGAAAAGCGCUGGGCUCCCUGAGCAGCUCCUGGUCCCCGUGUUGCCACCCAGGUGAGUUUACUCCAGCCUCAGGGCCCCUGUGUCCCUGUGGUUCAGGUCACCCAGGAGGUCGGCGGGUGGGGGCUGGGAGGAGCUGUUCGUGGCUGCAGUGCUGGGUGUCACACGACA